CCGGAGGAGCGACCUAAAAAGCGGCCAAGAUGGCGAUGCAAGCGGCCAAGAGAGCCAACAUUCGAUUGCCUCCUGAAGUUAACCGGAUUUUAUACAUCAGAAACCUGCCGUACAAAAUCACAGCUGAAGAAAUGUAUGAUAUUUUUGGCAAGUACGGACCUAUUCGACAAAUCAGAGUUGGGAACACACCCGAGACUAGAGGAACAGCCUACGUGGUCUAUGAAGACAUCUUCGAUGCCAAAAACGCUUGUGAUCACCUCUCAGGAUUUAACGUGUGCAAUAGAUACCUCGUAGUCUUGUACUAUAACGCUAACCGGGCAUUCCAGAAGAUGGACACAAAAAAGAAGGAGGAACAGCUGAAACUCCUCAAGGAGAAAUAUGGCAUCAACACAGACCCACCAAAAUAACCCUUCUAAUUCCCCUUCAACCCUAAUGAACUCUCCCCUCGGACAUAACUCAUGAAGAGAUUUUUGUAUUUGAGCUGAGUGGUCACUUUUUUUUUCCCACCCUAGCUUAACUUUCUUUGGAAUUUAAUCGUUAUACUUUGUAAUGUGGUUAAUUUACUCAGAUCAAUAAAUUUAGAUUUUAUGUUAA